AUGGCGAUGACGGUCAAGGAGAAGAAGACCCGUCGAAAAUACAGCCGCAAUGGGUGUAUGGCAUGCAAGAAGAGAAAGAUCAAGUGCGACGAAGGAACGCCAGUUUGCGGGCGAUGUGAUCAUCUGAAAAUCAAUUGUUUGUAUCACAAGCAAUUCAAAUUUAAGGACAUUACUCAUGAGGUGAGGCCUCCGUCUGAGCUCGAGAACAUAGAGCUAGACAGAACUGCAGAUGAGCCAAUAGAGCCCGAGAUCACCACCAAUGUUGAGAUCCUAAACUUGUUUGAAAGUGCCGAGUCAAUCAUCGGAGACAUGGCUGGGAUCACGAAUGGGUCCAAUCUUCAAAACGUUGUCAGAAUGGGAGAGGAGUUAGAGUAUAAGGGCGAUAUGGAUGUCCCUUUCGAGAACCGUCUAAGUCGGUCUCCACUUGAAAUGGUGAGAACGAGCUCUGCGGAAAGUAAUGGCCUCAAUUUGUCAACUUUUGCUGAUUAUGACUAUCUGAAAACGCUGGAAUCAUCUCUUGGAACUUUGGAGAUCUCUAGAUUGGCCAAAUGGCUGCAAUUCCGCCCAGACUCUUCUAGACUGGUGCACUUCCGCGCAUUCAUGAUCCAUGUGAAUCUGAUCCUUUUCCCGCUUACAUGCUCCUAUGCCGACUCGCCAUGUAUAAUGGUUAUUCUGGAGGCCGCCAAAAGAUGUAAGUUUUUGUUGAGCGCAGUUCUGGCCUCUGGGGCCAGUUUCCUUGGAGAAAGGGCCAAGAUUGGACUGCGAAACUGUACAGAAUCCCAAAGAAAAAGGCUGGAGACAGAGAUUGAGGAGCACGAAUCUUCGAGAAUUUACUAUCUCUCGCAGUGUUUUGCUCUCCUCCAGCAAGUACUGGAAGAUAUGGUCCAGGUCACGGAUUAUGUCGAUGGAAUCCUUCUCACCAGUCUGAUCUUAGCAGCAGACUCGUCUUCCCGCAAAGACUCGAGAUGGAAGGUCCAUCUUCAGGGAGCAAAACAGUUUCUGAUUCGCUAUUCAAACGAGGUUAGAAUUUCCGAUGCCCUGAUAAUUUCGCGCUAUAUCUUUUCGUCUCUGGAGAUCUCCUCUGGACUCAAUGCGCCUCUAGGAGGCAGUCUGCAUUCCGCCGAGGAAUUGGACAAUUGGAUUACCAUCCGCUCAGAUUCAGUGAUCAAACUCCAGUUAUAUCGCUUAGGUUUGACAAUUGACGGACAUAUCACCAAUCAGGAUGGCCAAUUGGUGUGCAGUGAGGGCUCAUACAACAUGUAUGUUGGUUACAGCGAUCAUUCCGUGGAGGUGCUGAAGGAGAUGUUACGAGCCUUUAACGAAAUCCGCAACUUGCAGAUGUUAUCACCGGGGAAAGACGUUCAAUUGGAUCCCCGUGCUGUGUCAAUGUUGUUUGCUAAGAUCGAGAGAGCCAGAGGAUUUCGAAUUGUCACCAAUAAGCCGCCCUUCCGAAUCCCGUUGGAAUCGAAAUUCCAUCCAGCCUAUGUGGGUGCUGAUAAGACGCGAUUGCCGCUCUCCUGCUAUUAUCGGAUUACGAAUCCGAAGCUGAGGAUGUAUAUACAGGAGGACGAAUGCUGGUUCUCGUUCUAUGAUUUUCUUCAGCAAAUUCAUUUGGAUGGAAUAUAUCUGCGCAUACUUACCUGCAAAGAAAUGAUGAAUGUCCCGUACAACAGCUCUCUGGUCCAAGCUGUGGUCAAGGACAUGAUCGACGAGUUAUCGUUCUUUAUUCAACUGGACUAUGAGAGUGUGACAGACCAGGACCUUCUUUAUCUGGAGGAACACUAUAAUUCCAAAGUCAUUCUCAGCAAAGAGGAUAUCAAGUUGUUCGAAUCCAGGCCGACUUCAUCAGAUUUGGCUGCAUUCAGCGUCCCAGAGAAAAAACUCAGGGAACUAAUGUCUGCUUCGCCGCCAAUUGACUAUGUGAAAUAUGUCAAUUUGCAGGUUGACCACCGACUGUGUAUGUUCCAGUGGAUUCUUCUGGCUUGCGGGUUCUGCUGUGUUGAGCCGCACCAUAAACUACUGGUUGAAACACUUCUUUCGGAGCUAAACGAGCUGGGAGUGAGAAGCAGUGCAAAGUCUCUUGAGAAGGUCAGGAGAGCGUGGUUAGAGAGAAGAUUUUAUUACGAUGAUGGAUCUAGGGUUGUUAGAAAGGAUAUCAACACCGAUUUCUUCUGGAGAGAUGAGGAGAACUCCUUUCCGUUUACGUGA